CGGCUGAGAGCGGCGGCGGGUGGUGGCGACGGUCUCGGUCCGUGGGUUCUUCUCCGCCAUCGCCUGGAGCGCGUCACUGAACCGUCCACCAUGUCGAUGGGGCUGGAGAUCGGCGGCGUGGCCUUGUCCGUGCUGGGUUGGUUGUGCAGCAUCAUCUGCUGCGCGUUGCCCAUGUGGAAGGUGUCGGCCUUCAUCGGCAACAACAUCGUGACGGCCCAGAUCAUCUGGGAAGGGCUGUGGAUGAACUGCGUGGUGCAGAGCACAGGGCAGAUGCAGUGCAAGGUCUACGACUCCAUGCUGGCGCUCCCUCAGGACCUGCAAGCCGCCCGCGCCCUGCUGGUGGUGGCCAUCAUCUUGGCCGUCCUGGGCUUAAUGGUGGCCAUCGUGGGCGCCCAGUGCACCCGCUGCGUGGAGGACGAGAGCACCAAAGCCAAGAUCACCAUCGUCUCCGGCGUCAUCUUCCUGCUCUCUGGUGUCUUGACCCUCAUCCCUGUCUGCUGGUCGGCCAACACCAUCAUCCGGGAUUUCUACAACCCGCUGGUGAUUGAAGCGCAGAAGCGGGAGCUGGGCACCUCGCUCUACGUGGGCUGGGCGGCCUCCGCACUCCUGCUGCUGGGGGGAGGCCUGCUCUGCUGCUCCUGCCCCCCCAAAGACGACAGGUACCCCACAAGCAAGGUGGCCUACUCCGCCCCACGCUCCGCCGUCACCAGCUACGACAAGAGGAACUAUGUCUGAGCCCCCCCAGGGUCCCCCGGCCCCCCUCGAUAUCCCCCACCCCACCCACCCACCCUGGGACCCUCACUGCCCUCCGUGGGGCCCGGGGGCGGCAGCGCCGGGGCCGGGGGGGGCGCGAAGGAGGGGACGGGGACGGCCGCGGGGUCAGGGCCGGGCUAUGUAAAUAGAGACAGUUUCGGUUAAACACGAGGCAGUUUCGGGUCGGCGGGAGAAGCGGCACUCGGCGAGGUCCUGCCAUGCCGAUGGGGCGGGAUGAGGACGGGAUGGGGACGGGGCCCCCUGCUGUGUCCCCCCAUCGCUGCUGGCCCGGCACCGUCUGUCCCUGUUACGCGUGGUCUGUACCGGUUACAUUUGUCAAUAAACGU